CAACAGCGAGCCACAAGCAGCAACGACAGCAAGCACGCCCACAGGCACACGGCCCAGGCAGAGAUAUGCCUCUAUAAGCAUCUAUAUACACUAAGCAACUUCCCUUCUUUGUCUCAUGGCAUCUCUAUUCAAGUCCAAGAAGAAGGGCCAAACAGCAGGCGGCAGCGCACAAACCCCGUCGCCCGUGGGCUCCAUGGACCGCCUGCAAGGCAACUACAACGCAGCAGCGAACCAUUCGCCGCUCGCCAAUACGAGUGAACCAAGACGCGAGCGGUUGCAAAGUGGUAGCGGACACCUACCGAAACCCUUUGGCAGUAGCGCGCUCGUCAAUGGUCAAAGCAACAAUGCAGGGACUGCCAACGCGACACAAACACCGCAAUAUCCAUGGUCGUCUCGUAAAUUGAGUAAUCUCAACCCUUUCCCACGUUAUGGACACGCGACCAAUGCGCUGGCAGGCAAGGAAGGUGGUAUUUACAUUUUCGGCGGUCUUGUCAAGGAGCAUGCCAAGGCUGACUUGUGGAUCAUUGAGACGGCUGGGUUGCAGGCGUCACAGGUCGCAACAACAGGAGAUAGACCCUCACCGCGGGUCGGCCAUGCUGCGCUGCUAGUUGGCAAUGCAUUCAUCGUCUUUGGAGGCGAUACGAAGCAGAAUGGAGAUAACGCCGGUGGUGACAACGAUGAAAACCUAUAUCUGCUCAACACAUCCACUAAGCUUUGGUCUGUCGCCAAUGUCACGGGUGCGCGGCCGUCUGGGCGCUAUGGGCAUACACUCAACAUGCUAGGUCCCAAAGUGCUCGUCUUCGGUGGGCAAGUAGACGGAUUUUUCUUUAACGACCUUGUCGCAUUUGAUCUCAACACCCUCAACCAUGCGAAUCCGCGUUGGGAACUCAUCACACCCGUCGAAGGCAGCGAACCGCCGUCCAGCAGAACCAAUCACAUUGCCGUCACGCACCUCGAUAAACUUUAUGUCUUUGGUGGUACCAAUGGCGUGGAAUGGUAUAACGACAUUUGGCGCUUCGAUCCACUCACGCGCAUCUGGACACUGUUGAAAUGCUCUGGCUUUGUACCGCAACCGCGUGAGGGUCAUGCUGCUUCUCUUGUUGGCGAUGUUAUUUACGUUUUUGGUGGCCGCGACAUGGAAGGUAACGAUCUCGGCGAUCUAGCAGCUUUCAAAAUCUCUACAAGCCGCUGGUUUACAUUCCAAAAUAUGGGAGCCGGUCCAAGUCCUCGUUCAGGGCAUGCUUUAUCAACAGUCGACAAGCGUAUCUUUGUUGUGGGUGGCGAAGGUGCCAGUGUGCGUGGUGAUGAGCAAAUGGCGUAUAUCCUCGACACCACGAAGAUUCGCUAUCCGGCAGACCCCAAAGCGCCCGCGCCUGAUUCGCAGCUGCAAACGAGUUCGAAUGGAGCGCCAGAUUCACAGUAUAGUGAGCCGCCUGCACAGUAUCCACGAAGUGAAGCACCAGCGUAUCCGCGCAGUGACAAAGAAUCAUCAAGCAAUACGAUUCGUUCCGUCUCUGGACAAAGUAUCACCUCAACAAGUCGCUUGCCCUCCAUUGGUGCGCCCCAGAAUGCCUCAUCGGGUAUUGCUAGACCGUCGACGAGAGAUAUGCCUCAGUUGCAAUCAACGCGGCGUCGUGUUUCAAACGUACCAUCACCCAAUGCCAAUCUGCUGCAAUCAAGUGUCAUGCGGCCAAGUACGGCGAACACUGCGCGGAACGUCUCACAACCGAACCCGAGCGGCUUUAGGCAAGCGUCACAUGGCUCUAUGCGGGCCUACUACGGCAAUGGCUCACAACUGCUUGAUGAGAAUCGUCAGCCGGUGAAACGGUCAGGCAGCUUGGACAGCUUGAUGGAUCACACAGACAAACGAUCUUCCAAUACACCUACGAGGUUGUUGAGUGAGCGACAGGUGGGCAAUCAACAAGAGACUUUGCUACCACGGCAAUUGACUAAGAUGUCAUCCAUGGAUUCCAUCAAGCAAGAUCGAAACAUGGCACCACUGCAACCGCCGCCGCGUCUCACUGUGGAUACGCGCGCAAGACAGCUUGUCACACCUCUUGACAUGAAUGAAAAUGUCGUUCGUCCGCACAGAGAAGCCAUCAAGGAUAGUCCAGAAACUGUGCUUGCACCACCUCUGCGGCACAAAGCGUCUCUAGACCAACUAGACAGCCUCAAUGGUGCACCACUCGCGUCUGCAACUUCAGCAGUCUCCACCAUGGAGUUGCGUUCAAAAAUUGCAUGGCUGCAAGCAGAACUUGGUCUGGCUCGUCGACAAGGUUAUGUUCCCAGAGAAGAUGCUGAGCAAAUUUCAGAAAGUCAGCCAGAACCCUCUCCAGAGCUACUCGCCGUGUAUUCGCAAAUAUCAAAUGUUAAGGAAGAGCUCGAAGCUGCCAAAUCCGCAGUUCAAAGUCAAGUGGCGCAGCUUCAAAGUGAACGCGACGUUGCACUACGAGAAGCUGCGUUUGAACGAGCGCGCAAUGUAGCGCUUCUACAUGGCAAUACGGACAUGUUGUCGUCUCUUGAGCAUACGCGCUGCAAUGAUCUGGAGGAACGUCUUGGCCAGGCUGUGUGGCAACAUACUCAAGUUCAGCGUGAAAUCGAUGGCCUAAGACGAGAACUGGCCGCGAAGGAAGUUGCUCAUGAAGAGCACAGCGCGACCCUCGCUUCUCAUGCUGAAGCGUUGACGGGCUAUGAGAGUCGAUAUGCUGAAUUAUUGGAGCAGCACGAAUCAUUACAGCAAACGCAUACAGGUCUCUUGACAGACCUUGAACAACAUCGGCAUCGUGCCGUCACUGCCGAAUCCACCUUGUCGCAGCGGUCCGUGGAUGCAGACAAGUUGCGAGAUUUGGAGCAGCGGCAUACACAACACCUAGCAGUCGUUGAGCAGACGCAACUUGCAGUCGAGCGUGCUACGAUGCAAGCGAAAGCGGCCGAAGAAGCACUCGAGAAGGAGAGAGCGGAUGCACUUGAUUUGCGACAACAGCUGGCAGUCAUGCAAGGCGAGCUUGCCAAAGUCAAGGCGGAGGCAGAGGCGCAUGUCACGCACAAGGAAACAUUACAGCGAGACUUGGCUGCUGCGCGUGAAGAUUCUGAAGUGACACGCAAGAGUCUUGCAUCUGGCUUGACGGAUCUUGUAACACGAGCACGCAACUUUGGACCGCAUGAUGAUCCAACGCUUUUCAAGAGUCAAGUGGAGAAUAUGUCGCGUGAUCUUGACGCGACGCGUGCGUUGCACGAGACUGCACGACAACAAUCGGAAUCGCAUGUUGCAGACUUGACUCGUGCAAGGGACCAAAUUGCAAAACUCGAACGUGAGUCGCGGGAAAAUCAGAGACUUCGACUUGCUGCACAACGACAGCUUGCUCAAUUACAGCGCGAGACUUCGGCCCUCGAAGCCAAGCAUACUGCUGCUGAGAAUCAAGUCAAGGAGAAGCACACACAGCUAGAGGAAACACAAAUGCGAUUGAUGACUUUGCAGCAGCUGAUACAAGAAAAGGCGACAAACUCGGAGGAAUCUAUCGUUCGACAAAACUCAACGGAAAAGCGGCGUUCACGUAUGCUGACUUCACCGUCUUCGUUGCGUGGGUCUGGCGGUUCUGCAACGCCAGAUACAUCGCGCUUGCGCGAGGUGGAACAGCGUCUGGCAGAGGCCGUGUCACUACAAAAGGAGAUGCAGCAAUCUCAUGACAAGGCUGUUGCGGAGUCCAAAGUAUUGGCACAAAGGCAUACUGAGUCCGUUGCGCGACAGCAAGAGGCUGAAGCACGAAGUAUUCGUUUGGAGCAGGAGCUUGCAAGAUCCGGCUCUGCUGCUGGGUCACAAGUUGAUGAUGCUUCUACCGAAUUACGAGGUCCUUCUACUUCAGCGAAUGAGCUGAGUGCCGUUGCACGGCGUGCAUCCGUGCGUCAAUCGUCUCUACCAAAAGAAGUAACACUAGCGCAAGCACGCGCACAAGAAGCCGAAAGGCAGCUUGCAGAGUCGACGCAAAAUUAUAAGGAUCGUUUGAGUCAACUUGAGGCUGAUUAUCAAUCUGCCGUGCAUUAUGUCAAGGGAACUGAAAAGAUGCUGCGACGAAUGAAGGAGGAGCUUGGCAAGUACAAGUCUGCAAAUGCGCGUCUGCAGGCGCAGCUUGAUGAGAAAUCGACGAAUGGCGGCGCAGAGCAUGGAGAGCGUGGGCUAGGUGGUGCUGAUGCUGCGCCGGGAGUUGCGGAACUUGAAGCUCAGCUCAAGAGCAUUACUCAUGAGCGUAUUUUGAUGAGCACAGAGCUGGAACAGUCAAAAGCUGCCUUUGAAACGCAACUAUCAUCGCACCGAUCCAAGAUUCAGGACCUGGAAGCUCAAUUGACCAAGCACCGAGACUCGGCAAGCGAUCCAAGGUUGGUCAAGCAGAUGGAGCAAGAGUUGGAAGACACCAAGCUUGCCAAUCAGAAGCUGGAUUUCGAGAACCGUGACCUGGAGCGUCGAAUGAAGGAGGCUGAGAAGAAAGUAUCGCUGCUGCUGGAUCAAUUUGAGCAAAAAGUGGACACAUACAGGCGCAGCAUUAUUGUUACGUCGCCUGCUUCUCCUGAGCAUGAAGAUUCGCCGGCUCUGGACAGCAAGGCGAGGACCUCGUCAGCGCUGGAUUUGCUGGCAAAUGAGUUGGACCAGCUUCGGUCGCAUUGGCAGCAGCAACAGGCUGUGCGAAGUGCAGCGACUGUUGCCGAUGAAAAGGAGCAUGGGCAUCCUAAAUAACCUUCUGCCGUGUAGACUAUUGUGUAGUACCUGGUGUUUGCAGCUGGACACUGUAGUGUCGAUUCCUG